AUGCAUGUUCUCGUUGUUGGAUCUGGUAUUGCUGGCCUUGCGGCUGCUAUAUCUCUGCGGCGCGUCGGCCAUGUUGUCCAUGUUUAUGAGCGAUCAGCCCUGAACCGAGAGGUCGGUGCCGCGAUCAACGUGCCGCCCAAUGCCUCCCGAAUCCUUAUAGGAUGGGGACUAGAUCCUAGUCACCAUAAGUUUGUCGAGUCUCGACGGGUAACAUACAACGACCCUUUCUCUCUAGAGACGAUCAGGACGAUUGCCACCGAAAAAACUGCAUCAUCCAUAGGAGGGACUGAGCUGUAUUAUGCUCAUCGAGUCGAUUUGCACAAUGCUUUGAAAUGGCUAGCGUCGCGUGAUGACGGUCCUGGUAUACCAGUUAUAUUUCACCUGGGCUGCGAAGUAGUCGGAUAUGAUUUUCAAGCUCCUUCUAUAACUCUUAAGGAUGGCUCCCUGAUUUGUGGCGACUUGGUCGUCGGUGCUGAUGGAGUGCACUCCACGGCAGCAGAAUUCAUCCUCGGCCACGUCAACGAGCCUGUGACCCCUGCCUACAGCAACUGUUGCUUUCGUUUUUUAAUUCCGGCAGAGACUUUGGAAGCUGAUCCUCAAACACGCUUUUGGAAUGAAGCUAGGCACGGAUGGACCAGAAUUCUGACGCACAACGAGACGCACCGCCGGAUCGUCGCAUAUCCCUGUCGCGACAAUUCUGUUCACAACUUUGUGGGUCUUUUCCGUGACGAGUCACUGAAGUCUAAGCGGCGCGAAGAUUGGCAGGCUAGUGUCGACGUCUCCGAGGUACUGGAGCGGUAUAAUGACUUUAGUCCGAAGCUCCUCAGUGUGAUCAGUAAGGCCACAAUUGUAAAGGCAUGGCCGUUGCUGUAUAGGCACCCUAUCCCUUUCUGGAGCAAAGAAAAAAUGACCUUGGUGGGUGAUGCAGCCCACCCAAUGCUUCCUCAUCAAGGGCAGGCCGGCGCACAGGGCAUUGAAGACGGACUUGCACUGGGCCUAACCCUACACUCAGCAUCUAUACUGUGCGAUGUUAAGAAGCGACUGGCCAUAUAUGAUGGCAUACGACGACGCCGCGCCUCAGUGAUGCAGGUCCUAAGCAACGUGGGCCAGGACCAGUCAGAAAUGCUGCGUGAGGAGCUUCUCAAAUACUACAACGAGGACGAGUUGCCCUUGAGCCCUAUCAGCCUACAACGGCACAACUUUGGAUACGAUGUAGUCGGCGCGACUAUCACAGCGAUGCGGCAGUAUGACGCCACGUUUCAGGUACCUGAUGACUUCUUCGAGAAGCGUAUCCCGAGCUUGCCUGGAGAGUAA